AUAAAGCGUGCACGGGUGCUUUUUCUGUACCAGUUCCCUUUUAUUUUACAAAGAAGAACAGUCUUUCCUACUGCCCUUUAAUUAUUCUCAAUGGAGGAAGCAGAUAGGUUGGUUGAGCUGCUCUUCCAGUGGCAAAAAAAACAGGAAGCUUGUGCUGAUAAGCUUCUGGCUCUAGCAAAAGAGCUGGAGAGUAUUCGAUGCGUGAGCAACACAACUCAGAUAGUUGGAAAUGCCACAGCUGUGGUCAGCUUUGCUGCAGCUGCAGUUGCCACAUUCCUUACAGCUGGCCUGGCGGCCCCUCUAGCAAUUGGAGGAGCAAUUGGCACAGCUGUAAGCUUCUCCUCCAUAGCAAUAGAGACUAUCCUCUCCAGCUUGAACAUGAAAGAUGCUCAGAAAAUUAUUAAAGAAGUUGAGGAAAUUGGAGAUAAGAUGCAAGUGCUACUGAGAGCUUUGAAUGACCAGUGUGCCGGGAAUGCGCUUGGAGCUCAUUCUUCUGCAGAGUCCUCUGAUAAUGGAGAGAGUGAGGUGAUCUCUCAAAUUAUGGGAGCGCUGGCCAGAAGAAAUAGGAUUGACGUGCCUCUGGACCUUCUCAGGAGCUUCAACAAAGCCACAUUCUCUCAUCAGCGGACCUUUGGUGAACGUAGACCUUAUGCCACAUCGAGUUGGAUGACUGGGGCUUUAACCACAUUUCUUUUCUUUACAUUGCAUGCAACCUUAACAGUAUCAGCCAAAAAUGCCGUCAAGAAUCUUGGGAUCAUUGGUUUGAAAACCCUCAUAAAACGAUCAGCCAUGGUUGCUGGUAGUUCUAUAGCUGUGGUUGUGUCCCUCUAUGACUUGGUUAAAAACUGUGAAGAGAUGGAAAGAAACAAUUACGUGACCAAAGCCAGCCAGUCCCUGCGAGAUGCUGCCAGAAAAAUAAAGGAAGAUACAAGAACUCUAAAGGAAAAGUUGGAUGCACUGCUGGACAUCAUCAACAAUUUAUUACAUUUGAAGAAACGUAUCAAAAACCUGGGUGAUUACUCUCUCGUUAUGAGUGAAGAUGAACAGGAAAUAGUGGAUUACAUCCAAGCAACAUGCCAUGACCCCAUCAUUGUUUCCUGGCUGGAGACAAGAGAGCAUAAGACUGAGAUUUUGAAUUUUCUUCGGUUUAUUAGGAACAACCUUGAUAAGGAAAUAAGGGGGCGAAACAAAAGAGACAUACUACACAUUGUGUUUGUUGCUCAUGGUGCUAUUGUUGACCAGUUUGUGCCAGCAGCUAGCCUGGUGCCAGCUAACAUCAUUGAUACCGUUCUCUACUCUCCAUGGAACUGCCUUAUUGAUGCAUGUGCUGCCUAUGGCAUUGCUCAAGGGUGCAUCAGACUUCACCAAACACGCUUUCUCAAUUGGCUGACUCGUGCCACAGUUUCCCCUAAUAUUUGGCCCAGGCACUGGAAUUUCAUGAGUAGACCCACACCUGACAUCCCACAAAUUUUGCUUGCACCUGUGGGACACAAGGAACCAGUAUGGAAUGAAUUUCAGGAAAUUGGAGGGUCCCUGCAAAGUGGUGAUCGUAUCAUCAUCCCAUACCUUGUCCCAGAAAACUUGAAAAUAAAUUUCCCAGUCCUCCAUAUCCAGACGGUCAUAUAUGCGUUAUCAAUUGUACUCAUGAUUACAGAAAGAAGAGCCACUGUGCAUCUGGCUGCUUGUUUGGGGCGUAAUGGAACCCCUCAAAUGGUGAAAGAAUGGGAGAGACAGUAUGCCUAUACAAACGACGACACCAUCAUGACCUUCGAUUUGGAUGAAAUGACAGUGGACCCUUUACUAUUCCAAGCAUUCAAGUUAAUGUUUGGCAUCUAGGGUGGUCAAGGGCGAUACCGAAGCGAACUGCUUUAAGAUGUGAUCUUCACCAGUAAAAACCUGUUGAAUGUUGAAUGAUUACAAAGCUCAUACAACUUGUAGCCAAAGAUGUUGUAAUUUAAAGGAAUUGUAAUGUUGUAUGUAAAUGAUGUCAAACAUUCCAACUGAGCAGUUUCAAGAAUGCUUUUCUCAUUUGUGCAAAAGUUCCACAACAGUUAUUCAACUCAACAUUGCAUACACAUUCUUAUGUCAUUUGCUCAAACAGUUUUUACAGUACAGGGUGUUGAUGUACACAAUUAAUCUUACGCUGUCUGUUCAUAUCCAGAUACUGCUAUUAAUUCAGUAUAUUUCAUGUUAGUAUAAUCACUCCUAUGUGUUAUAUCUAUAUCCAUACACAAUCAUAUAUGUCCAUUUUGCAAGACUGCAGUCUAUUUCAAAGGGAAAAUACCUUUGGAAUCACUGGUUCAGAAUAAUGCAAUAAUGAGAUAUUUGCUUUCUGUUAGAUUUCAUUGCUUAUCUUUUGUUAGCUACCCAGAGUGUUAAUUGAUGUUAUAUUGCUUAAUAUUCUUAAAACAGUGUUGUUAAAACAGCAUGUA